AGUUUGGGAUGAUGAAAAAGUUUUGGAGGCCGUUCUCCUUUGGAGAAGGCCGGUAGGCAGCAGCCAUGGCGCCCAGCCGAAAUGGCAUGAUCCUGAAGCCCCACUUCCACAAAGACUGGCAGCGGCGUGUGGCCACGUGGUUUAACCAGCCGGCGCGGAAGAUCCGCAGACGCAAGGCCCGGCAAGCCAAAGCUCGCCGCAUCGCCCCAUGCCCUGCAUCCGGACCUAUCCAGCCCAUAGUGAGAUGCCCUACCGUGAGGUACCACACCAAAGUGCAAGCCAGCAGGGGCUUCAGCUCGGAGGAGUUAAGGGUGGCUGGCAUCCAUAAGAAGGUGGCCCGGACCAUUGGGAUCUCAGUGGAUCCGAGGAGGCGAAACAAGUCCACCGAGUCUCUUCAGGCCAAUGUGCAGCGCCUGAAGGACUACCGCUCCAAGCUCAUCCUCUUCCCCAGGAAGCCAUCGGCCCCCAAGAAGGGAGACAGCUCUGCUGAAGAACUCAAAUUGGCUACCCAGCUGUCAGGACCAGUCAUGCCCAUACGGAAUGUCUACAAGAAGGAGAACGCCAGGGUCCUCACAGAGGAUGAGAAGAACUUCAAAGCAUUUGCCAGCCUUCUCAUGGCCCGUGCCAAUGCCCGGCUCUUUGGCAUCCAGGCAAAAAGGGCCAAAGAAGCUGCAGAACAGGAUGUUGAAAAGAAAAAAUAAAGUUAUUUUGGCAACUUG